UGCAUCAUGAGGAAGCUUCCUUCUCUUCUGGCUAGGACACUCACUUCUGGGACCAGUGGCUCCCCAGUGCUUCCUGACAUGUCUGAAGGACACUUACCCAUUCAUGUGAAUAAUGUGCGGAGCAGAUUGAGGGAUAUAGUGGGAGCAUCUACCAACUGGAGGGAUCAUGUGCAAGCAAUGCAAGAAAGAAAAGCUCUUCAUACUUUACUGGCAAAACAACAGGAAGAUCUCCCUCCUAGGAGAAUGAAGGAUAGCUACUUGGAAGUUAUUCUACCUCUAGGAAGUCAACCUGAAAUAAGAGAAAAGUACUUGAAUGUACACAACAGUGUAAGGUUUGGAAGGAUACUUGAAGAUCUUGACAGUUUAGGAGUUCUUAUUUGCUACACUCACACCAAGCAGGAAAUGCAGCCAAGGUCUCCCUUAUCAAUAGUUACAGCUCUGGUGGAUAAAAUCAAUUUGUGCAAGAAGAUUAUAUAUCCAGACUGUGACAUCAAAUUCACAGGCAAUGUUUCUUGGGUUGGGAGGACCUCAAUGGAAGUGAAGAUGCACAUGCUGCAGCUACAUGAUGGUGAUUACAGCCCUGUGUUAGAUGCAACCUUUGUCAUGGUGGCCCGGGAUCCAGAGAAUAAACGGCCAGCGUUUGUUAAUCCACUUGUUACUGAGAGCCCUGAGGAGGAAGAAAUCUUCAAGCAAGGAGAAUUGAACAAGCUGAAGAGGAUUGAUUUCAGCACUGCUUCCUUACUGAAAAUGGCUCCCACUGCAGAAGAAAGGAAAAUUAUUCAUGACAUAUUCCUUAAUACAUUGGACACAAGGACAGUAAGUUUCCGGAGUCGUAAAUUACCACCCAAUUCAGUGUGGAUGGAAGAUGCAAAGCUAAAAGGCCUACAGAUUUGCCAUCCUCAGGAACGGAACAUCUUCAAUAGAAUCUUUGGGGGUUUUCUCAUGAGAAAGGCAUUUGAACUGGGAUGGGCAACUGCUUGCAGCUAUGGGAGUUCCAGACCUUUUAUUGUAUCUGUUGACGAUAUCAUGUUUCAGAGGCCAGUUGAAGUUGGAUCCUUAUUACUGCUUUCUGGACAGGUCUGUUACACAGAAAAAAACUACAUCCAGGUUCGAGUACACAGUGAAGUUUAUGAUGCAGAUACCAGGGAACACCAGACAACAAAUAUCUUCCAUUUUACAUUUAUAUCAGAAAAUGAGGUCCCACAGGUUGUCCCCAAAACUUACGGAGAGUCCAUGUUGUAUUUAGAUGGGAAACGACACUUUGCUGCAAUCAUGAAAGACAUUUGACAUGCUGAAGGCUGCAUCAGCAGUGUAGCAGUAUGCUGUCUUGGAAAGAGUUGUCACCAGAGAUGGCUGACAGGUGUUUGCAAUACUAAAAAAACCCACCCCAAAACAAAACCCCAAACCCCAC